AUGAAGCCAAAGGUUACGAUCACGCUCAAGGAGGAGGAUACAGAGCCAGGGAAUAUCUUAUAUAAUGAGUACUGCUAUGCUGGAGGACUGAUUGAAUAUGUGAAAUGGCUGAAUGUUGAUAAGGCGUGCUUGAUGUUUGGCCUUUUCUCAGUCUACACCACUUCACGAUCUCUUCAGUGGUCUUCAGAUGCAUAUUCAGAUACAGUGCUAGGUAAAAAAAGACAACCAAAAAAAUGGUUGAAGCAGUCAGGCCUUGGAGAGCUGAUUAAAUUCCUCACUAAAGUUCUUGGUGAAGAACCGAAGAAGCAAAUAGGAGCAAUGGCAUAUGUUGUGUGCAGUGCUAAAAGACAACAUGCGUUUUGGACAUUAUUGGACAUAAAAUGUAGUGUCUCUUGA